AUGAAGAUCAUCGUAACGAUUGUGCUUCUAUCCGCUGUUGCGGUGGUGGUGGAGCUAAAAUCGGACUCAAAGAAGCAUAAGCGCGGAGUGGCGUUUUUCGGAUCGCCUGAUUUCUUUGGGUUUGUGCCAGCUUUCGCUCCUUGGGCCCAAAGUUUUGCGACUUCGGCUUGGAAUCCACCGAUCACUCCGGACGUAGCGCUCGCACAGGUCGAAGUUCAAGCUACACACGAUGUGGCACUUCAGGCAUUAAAGGAUCCGGUGUCUGGUACGCCUAGCAUCGCGUAUCCGCCCGAGGUUUUAAGAGCGAUUCAGCAAGCAAAGGAGGCAAACAACAACGUUGUCGCAGUUCAGCACAAAGUUGCGGAGGCGAAGCAAGCUGCACUGAUUCAGCAGAAAAUUGCGUUGGCAAAGGAAGCAGCGGCGAGAGAAGCUGCCGCGAGGUCGCAUGAAAUUUCACAACAUGCUGAGACUGAAGCUAAAGCCAGCGCCCGACAACUCGUGGCAUUGCAACAAAGAUUAGCAACCCUAAAGGAUACUGUGGCAGCUGCACAGAGAGUAGCAGCAGCAAGAGAAGCCGCCGCAGCUGCAGCAAUCCAAAGAAACGCGGCUAACACCGCCGCAGAAUUGCGAAAGUUGGAUGUUGAUAAGCAAAUUAGUCAGAGCGAGCAGGAAGCUAAGGAAAAGGAUAUAAUAGCUGCGAAAGAAAACGCAAUAGCAGCUGCAGUCCAGCAUGCAAGUUUACAGAAAUCUGCUCAUCAUCCUUGGGGUUAA